CACUCUGUGCUCUUCCAUAUUGUUCUCUCAGCCGUGGAAGGAGGGGACACAAGUGAUGGAGGAGCACGGGUUUGACAAUCUGAGCCAGAACCUGAAACUGAGCCAGGACUCCUUCAAAGAGCUAUGGGAUAGUGUGCUAACUCCCUCUAUCUCCACAAUUCCAACCGCAAAUAAUGAGACUGAAGCAUGGAGACCAGAUGGUAAUAUGGAAAUGCUGUUAUUCGACGAGCAUGUCCUGGCCCAGGGGUUUGAUGAAAAUCUGUUUGAGUUACCCCCCGAGAUUUCCACCAAAGACGGCGUUACUCCCCCGGCCUCCACCGUCCCUGUUACAACAGACUAUCCAGGGGAGUAUGGCUUCCAGCUUCGCUUUCAGAAAUCUGGCACGGCAAAGUCUGUCACUUCCACUUAUUCAGAGCUUCUCAACAAGCUGUAUUGCCAGCUGGCAAAGACGAGCCCUGUUGAAGUUCUAGUGAGCAAGGCGCUUCCUCCGGGUGCUGUCCUCAGGGCCACAGCGGUUUACAAGAAGACUGAACAUGUGGCGGAAGUGGUCCGCAGAUGUCCCCAUCACCAGAAUGAAGACUGCGCAGAACAUCGCAGCCAUCUGAUCAGAGUGGAGGGCAGCCAGAGAGCUCAGUAUUUUGAAGAUCCGCACACAAAGAGGCAAAGUGUGACAGUCCCUUACGAGCCACCACAGUUGGGCUCCGAGAUUACAACCAUCCUGCUCAGCUAUAUGUGCAACAGUUCCUGCAUGGGCGGCAUGAACCGCAGACCCAUCCUCACCAUCCUGACCCUCGAGACCCCAGAGGGACUUGUUUUGGGCCGGAUGUGCUUUGAGGUGCGUGUCUGUGCAUGUCCUGGCAGGGACCGUAAAACUGAGGAAGAAAACAGCACUAAGAUGCAGAACGGCACCAAACAAACAAAAAAACGUAAGAGCGCGCCGGCCGUGCCUUCACCUCGGGCUCCUGACACAACUUCUGUGAAGAAGUCCAAGUCUGCCUCCAGUGCAGAGGAGGAGGACAAGGAUGUGUAUGUUUUCCAUGUUCGUGGUCGCGAGCGCUAUGAAAUGCUUAAGAAAAUUAAUGAUGGUCUGGAUUUGCUCGAAAAACACAGCAAAACCAAGACCAAGGUUUCUGUGAAACAGGAGUUUGCGCUGCCGUCCAGUGGAAAGAGAGUCCUGCAGAGAGGAGAGAGGAGUGACAGUGACUAAGAAGCUUGUUGCCUUGAUCAUGAAAAAAAAUUAAGUCCUUCUCCCUCCAAGCCAUCGGGUGUAUUUCAGGCUUUUACACGUCAUUGAAACCC